AUGUGGAUUUGUCGUAACAGGGCCACUUUCGAAGGCAAAAAGUUGAGAUCCUUUUUUGAUGUGGUCUUUUCUGCAUGUGGCUACAUGAACUACUGGGCAGAUCUGAUGGCGGGAGCUGAUCGAGAGGCGAUGGAGCGCGGCGCUAAGAUGCUCAAGACCAACGCUGCUGCCAUGAUGAGAAUUUGUGCAGCCCCAGCUGGAUCAGCGAUGGACUGA